GCGACAAUUCCCAAAAACAAAAACAAAAACAAAAAUUGCCAACAAAAAACCUUCCGCAUAACACAACACAACACACACAUUGCUGUUUCAUUCAAUUGUUACCUUCACGCUCUGUUUUUCUUUUUUCCUUUAACGUUAUUCCAAAUCUGGAUUUCAAAACAAAGUUCUGCGUUUCUCUCAUUAUCAUCAAUAGAUUCAAAUCAUAGCCAUUUGAAUCUAAAAAGAAAACGAUCUUUUUUUGUUAAUCUUCGAUUCGUUCUCUCUCUAGCCAAACACCAUUAAGAAAAAAAGGGUGUGUGGCAAAUGGGGGCGUAUAGAGCUGAUGAUGAUUAUGAUUAUUUGUUCAAGGUUGUUCUGAUUGGUGAUUCUGGUGUUGGAAAAUCCAACCUUUUGUCUAGAUUCACUAAAAAUGAAUUUAGCCUUGAAUCUAAAUCCACCAUUGGUGUGGAAUUUGCAACCAGAAGCAUUAAGGUUGAUGAUAAGGUUAUCAAGGCUCAGAUUUGGGAUACUGCUGGCCAAGAAAGGUAUCGAGCAAUUACAAGUGCAUACUAUAGAGGAGCUGUUGGUGCUUUACUAGUCUAUGAUGUUACACGCCAUGUUACAUUUGAGAAUGUGGAGAGAUGGUUGAAGGAGCUGAGAGACCACACAGACGCCAACAUUGUCGUGAUGCUUGUUGGGAACAAAGCUGACUUGCGUCAUUUGCGAGCGGUUUCAACUGAAGAUGCAACGGCUUUCGCCGAAAGAGAGCACACGUUUUUCAUGGAAACGUCUGCGCUCGAGUCCUUGAACGUUGAGAGUGCCUUCACUGAAGUGCUGACACAGAUCUAUCGUGUUGUGAGCAAGAGAGCACUCGAGAUAGGUGAUGAUCCAGCAGCACUACCGAAAGGACGGACAAUUGAUGUUGGAUCGCGGGAUGAUGUAUCGGCUGUGAAGAAAUCUGGAUGUUGCUCUUCUUGAGCUUGAGCUUACAGUAAAAGUUUCUGUAUUAUUUUACUGUAAACCUAUGCCAUGUUUAUAUUCUUUUAGAGAUCGGUCUUACCGCAUGAAAAUGAUUGUCUAGACUCUAGAGAGAAUCACUCCUAACUUUUGGCAUUGGUCUGUAGCAAAAUCUGUUCAAUAUUAGUUAGAUGUUCAGGAAACAGGCACUUUUAUUUUUCUUGGUUCAUCUUUCUGUUGAAGCUAUUCAUUUAUCUUAUUUCAGGUUUAUUGAAUA